UCCUCCUCCUCCUCCUCCUCCUCCUCCUCCUCCUCCUCCUCCUCCUCUCUGUCCAGGCUGAACGUCAUCUUCAGUAAGUUUGAUGAAGUCCAGAGGUCGGGGAACAUGGUGCUGUCACCUGUGUCAGAUAAAAACUUCGAGGACGAUGACUCGGGGGACGGCGGCCGCUCCUCGUCCUCGUCCAAAGGAGCCUCGCUGUCUGGGAAGAAGACAGUGAGCAUGGGAUCGUUUCGACGCCCCGCCUCCGCCUCCAGCAGCAAGUCUGCAGGGAGGGACGGGUCUGGCGCAGGAGCUGUGGACGAGGAGGACUUCAUCCAGGCCUUUGAGGACGUCCCCACAGUGCAGAUCUACUCCAACAGGGAGGUAGAGGAGGCCAUGACGAAGAUUCGAGACGUGCUGUCAGACGAUAAGAGGGACUGGGAGCUCAGAGUGGCCGCGCUGAAGAAGAUGCGGUCGCUGCUCCUGGCCGGCGCCGCAGAGUUCGACGGGUUUCCUCAGCAGCUGCGUCUGAUGGAGGCGGCGUUCAAGCUGUCGGCCAAGGACCUGCGCUCUCAGGUGGUGAGAGAGGCGUGCAUCACUCUGGGACACCUGUCGUCGGUGCUCGGCAGUAAGUUCGACCACUCUGCGGAGGCCACCAUGCCCAUCCUCCUCAACCUGGUCCCCAACAGUGCCAAAGUCAUGGCCACCUCCGGCGUGGCCGCCAUCCGCCUCAUCCUCAGACACACACACUUCCCCCGUCUCAUCCCCGUCAUCACCAGCAACUGCGCCUCUAAAUGUGUGGCCGUCAGAAGGCGCUGCUUCGAGUUCUUGGACCUGCUGCUGCAGGAGUGGCACACCAGCUCUCUGGAGAGACACGGGACAGUUGUCAUGGAGACGAUAAAGAAAGGGAUCCAUGAUGCAGACGCCGAGGCUCGCUCUGUGGCCAGGAAGUGCUACUGGAGCUUCCACAGUCACUUCAGGCGGGAGGCGGAGCAGCUGUUCCAGGGCCUGGAGUCGUCCUAUCAGAAGGCUCUGCAGGCUCACCUGAGGAGCGGGGACAGCCUGAUGUCACUGCCGGCCUCAGACCGCUCCUCCUCUUCCUCCCAGGAGAGCCUCAACCGCCCGCUGUCCGUCAAGAACACCUUUGGAGGCGGGACUACAAGAUCCAAACCGGCCCACACCAGACCUCCUGCUGCAGCCUCCUCUCCAGGCUCCCUCCAGCGCUCUCGCAGCGACGUGGACGUCAAUGCGGCGGCCACCGCUACGGCCCGCACCAGGAUGCCCGCCGUACCCUCUUCCGUGUCGGCGGCUUCGCCGUUCAGCUCAGCCUCAGCCCUCCCUCCUGGAUCCUACGCUUCACUGGGUAAGACCCAACACGCGGUAUUUAUUUUGUGUAAUUAAAUCACACUGUUAAUGCUGUAGCUCAGUGUUUAUAUCCACGUCAGUCCCUCCAGGAUGUCACGGCUGUUUCUGGGAUCGUUGCAGCCUGAUUUCACACUAGCGUU